AAGAACCCAGCGUUCUCUGUGCUGCUCAGACUGCAGUUUAUUCAACAGAAAAUUUAUCCUAACACAUUUUCAGGAGAUCGUUUCUGACUGUGAUAAAUCAACAUGAAGACACACUGUUCAGUAAUAGCUGUCCUGCUGAUGGCAUCUUGUCUGUUUGUGCCCUCUUACUCUGUUCCAAUUAAACCAGGGAUCUGUCCAAAUGGCCCUCCGUGGAUCGGUGAAAUGCUGCCGAUACAGCUAUAUUGCGACACUGACUGGAAUUGCCCUGAUGGUCAAAAAUGCUGCUGGCAUCGCUGCGUCUCUCUUAUUCCUCCACCCGUUGGCAAAUGUCCAGUGCGAAAAUUUGGACCAUGUAUUGAGGCAUGUGGUGUGAACAGACCAUGCAGAGCUGGUAAAAUGUGCUGCCCUAAUGGAUGUGGGCAGCAGUGCAUGACACCCGUACCAGAGCUGCCAUGAUUUUGAGGUAGAGGACGGUUCUUCCCUCACUGUCAUGAAAGCUGAUGGUGAUUGCAGCAGCGGCAAAAAGUGUUGUCUGAAUAGAUGUGACCAAACCUGCCAGCAACUCCUUAUGUUGUUUGUUUCUUCAAUACAGACAUAUUGAUUAAAAUAUCAGUAAACUGCUUAUGUGUAUGUUUUUGCUUCAGUACCUUUUCUUUCCUAUGCCUAGUUCUUCACUUAUCUUUUUUUUUUACUUAGUUUUUAUUGAUUAUCUUUUGCUAACAUAACAGA